CUACUUUUAUAUCCCGAAAUAUAUUUCCAACUUUCUUUUUUCCAGAUAUCUUUAUAGGAAAAUCGCCUGGUAAGGUCUGGAGGGGUUCGUCUCUGAAGCUGUUACGAAGUAGCAUUGAUCUUAAUAGAACUUUGUAAGCAAGGAUACAGUUUUCCUUGCUAAAAAAUCCUGAGUUAUAUCAGAGCUGUUUGACAGUCUUAGGAGGAGGUAUAAGAUAACCCUCUGAAACCUGCGUGACAGUCUUAGGAGGAGGUAUAAAAUGAGGUGCAAAUUUAACUUUUUCAGUUCUCGCAAAAGACCAACCAUUGUUCUGAAAUUUAGUUUAUUGUUUGUAAUGAGUUUGCCUGUAGUAUCAUCUACCUAUGCAUGGCAUAAAUGCAGUAACGAUUCGACAUACACCAACAACAGUAUAUAUUCUGCUAAUCUGCAUGGAGUGCUCGCUGAUCUCUCUAGCAAUGCACCUCAAAGCUCAGGGUUUAACACUUCUUCCUUUGGCCAACCACCCAAUAAAGUCUAUGGCCUUCUGCAAUGUAUUGGGAACAUAUCAGCAGAUGAAUGCUCAAAGUGUGCGCUAGAAGCAAAUAAUACUCUUCAACAACGUUGUCCCAACUCAGCUGGUGCCAAGAUCUGGUUGGAUGACUGCUUUCUGCAAUAUGAUAAGACUAAUUUCAUUUCAACCCUAGAUGUUGAAGGUCGUCUUCUCUAUAACACCAAAAAUAUCUCCCAAUCAGAUCUCCUCGCUGCUAAGGGCACGACCUUUAGUCUUCUACAAAAACUGAUUGAUAAAGCUAGCGAUCCUGCAGGGGAGGGAUUUGCCUCGGGAGAAAUCACAUAUUCUUACACUAUUGGUGAUAAAGAGGCUAAAAACAAUUUUUAUGGUCUAGUGCAGUGUUGGAGAGAUAUGUCAGUGAAAAAUUGCACAGCAUGCUUGUCAAUCGCAAUGGAAAACCUGGAGGAUUGUUGUUCUGCUCAACAAGGUGCCCAAGCUCUGUUGGGAAGCUGCAGAGUGAGAUAUGAGAUCUACCCCUUUUUAGCAUCCAACGCUCCUCCUCCAUCCCAAACUACUAAUUCAUCCAACGCUCCUCCUCCAUCUCAAACUACUCCUCAUCAAAAAAACUCAAGAAGAUUACCCUUGAUAUUGGGGAUUGUGGGAGGCAUAAUAGUGAUGUUAGUUGGCUGUUCCUUGACAAUCAGAAGCAAAGUAAAAUCUGCAGUUUCCAGCCAGCCAAUAACCAUUGUGACUCAAGAUGAAGAUCCCCCAGAAACUGAACUAUUUAAGAAAGAGCAAAUUGUCUUCACCUUAGAAACUUUGAUCGAAGCAACAGGAGAUUUUGACGAUAAUAAUAAGCUUGGAGAAGGAGGCUUUGGCACCGUAUAUAAGGGAAUGACUAAAGAUGGAAAGGAGAUAGCAGUGAAAAAGCUGUCUGCAAGAUCUGCGCAAGGGAAAAGAGAAUUUAUGAAUGAGGUGGAGUUGGUGGCCAAUAUUCAACACAGAAACCUUGUCAAUUUGCUCGGAUGUUGUGUCGAGGGAUCUGAAAGGUUGCUUGUCUACGAGUAUUUGCAAAACAAAAGCCUUGACGCCUUUCUCUUUGACCCAGAAAAUCGCAUAAGUUUCGAUUGGCAAAAGCGGUUUAAUAUCAUAAAUGGGAUUGCUCGUGGGCUUAUGUACCUUCAUGAGGAUUCAAAAUUUCGAAUAAUUCACAAAGACGUCAAAGCCAGCAACAUUUUGCUUGAUGAGCAAAUGAAUCCAAAGAUAGCUGACUUUGGCUUAGCAAGACUUUUCCCUGACAAUGAAACCCAAAUCCAAUCAAAGGUUGCAGGGACAUAUGGGUACAUGGCUCCAGAAUAUGCAAUGGCAGGGCAACUAUCUGUAAAAGUCGACGUAUAUAGUUUUGGAGUUUUACUGCUUGAGAUUGUGAGUGGAAGAAAAAAUACUGACAUCAAUCCUUCAAAAGAAAAGCGAAGUUUCAGCUUAGUAGAAUGGGCAUGGAGAGCUUACAAAGGAGGAAAUGCCCUCAAUAUUGUGGAUAGUGUGAUGGUAGGAAAUUGCCCAGAAGAGCAAGUGUUGAGAUGCAUUCAAAUUGGACUUCUGUGCACACAGGCCGAUCCAGAUGUCCGUCCAAUAAUAUCUAAUGUCGUUACAAUGAUGUCAACUAAUUCUGUACCAUUACCAAAUCCAACUAGGCCUGCUUUCGUAAGCAUGACAAGUCAGAGUUCGAAUGUUAGCCUCAUCCCAGGCGUUUCUUCUCGGAAUGAAACCUCUAUGAGCAUAAUGGAAGAAGGUAGAUGA